AUGGACCGGGAGAGCUCCUUGUAGGAAGAACUCAAAAGGCUCCAGCACACCUUGGAACAGGUCAAUGAUGGCAAAGACUUGCUUCAAAGCCCCCAGCUUGCCAUGGAUGAAGAAAAUAAUAUCGAAAAAUAUCAUAUCAACUUACAGCCCUUGGAAUCAAAAGUGAAAAUCAUCCAGCGAGCAUGGCGUGAGUACCUGCAGCGCCAGGACCUGCCGCACCACGAGCAGCUGGACAAGCGCAGUCCCUCCCCGCCGUCCCUCUCCUCGGACAAGAUGAGCAGGUCCAUCAGCAUGAACACCUUUUCCGACAGCAGCACACCAGUGAGUACAGGGUUGGGGCCCAUUGACCUAUUUGUUGCUUUUUGUUGGAUUCCUUUCUAGGACUUUGGAUAAAUGAAAGCUAAAUUAUGGGCUAAAUCAUGA